CGAGCAUGUCCACACACUACUCAUCUGCGUUUUCAGACCAGCGCCUAAGAAAUGGGAAGUGGGUGCGGGGUGGGGAACUGAAGCACCACAUGAGUAGGGAUAUCGCCGCCCUUCUUUGCACUUUUGCUCCGUGACCCCGCCGCCGAGGGCAGCCCGAAAGCCACGCGCCCGAGCUCUCCACAAGCCCCGCGGCGGCGGCGAGAGGAAGCGCGCACUGCUUAAGUCCCAGUUACUAUUACUAUACCCGGCAGCAAGAGUGGAGGGGGAAAGGGAGAGGAGGGCGGCGCGCUACACACCCAGGAGGAGACCGUCCAUGUCAAAGAUGAGAUUCUGGACUUAAUGGUCUUACUGGGCAGGGAGUAGGAUAGGGGAGUCUCUAAGUGGCAUAGCAGCUGACAUUCUGAGCAGGUAUUUGGAGUCAGUAAUGAACUGGGUGAGAAAAUAAACUGAAGCAUAACCCAAACAAGACAGAGGCGUUGGUAACUUUUUGAAGCAUCCUUGCCCUAAAGCAGCAGAAUGAUGAUCGUUCUUCCUGUGAUGCUUUAUCUGUGGCCUGUAAGCGAUGCUAUUAACGAAAGGAUUUCAAAGCCCAAUAUUGUAUUAUUCAUGGCUGAUGAUCUUGGCAUUGGAGACCUGGGAUGCUAUGGAAACACAACUUCAAGGACUCCUAACAUUGACAAGUUAUCUAAAGAAGGAGCAACACUGACUCAACACAUAGCAGCCGCACCACUAUGCACCCCAAGCAGGGCAUCUUUCUUGACAGGCCGCUAUUCUGUCAGAUCAGGAAUGGCUAGCCUGCACAAAGUUGGGGUCUUCUUGUUUUCUGCUUCUUCUGGUGGACUCCCUAUGGAAGAAAUAACAUUUGCUAAACUUCUCCAGCAGACUGGUUAUUCUACAGCUCUCAUAGGAAAAUGGCAUCUUGGGAUUAACUGCAACAGCAGUGAUGACUUCUGCCACCACCCUUUAAAUCAUGGAUUUGAUUACUUCUACGGGGUGCCUGUGAACAAUCUUAGGGACUGUAAACCUGGUCACGGAAGCGUGUUUAGUGCUGGACUGAAGAUGCACAUUCGUGCAGUGCUCCAGACCACGGCGAUUGCUCUGAUCUCUUUGGCGAUACUGAAUUACAUUGGCCUUGUCAGAGUUCCCUGCAGAGUACUGGGCUACUUCUUCUUAAUAGCUGCAGUGAUAGUUGGAGUUUUGCUGCUCUUCUUUUAUAACUUCCGGAACCUUAACUGCUUCUUGAUGCGAAAUCACAGUAUUAUCCAACAACCCUGGAACUAUGAGAACCUCACUCAGAGAUUCACAGAGGAAGCCAAAAGAUUCAUAGGAAGGAACACCAAUGCACCAUUUCUUCUUUUUGUGGCUUACACUCAGGUCCAUACAGCUCUUUAUGCAUCCCAAGCUUUCAGAGGAAAAAGCAAACAUGGAUUAUAUGGAGAUGCCCUGGAAGAAAUGGACUGGAGUGUAGGGCAGAUUCUCCAUGCAUUAGAUCAAUGGCACCUACGUGAGCAGACCCUUGUGUACUUCACAUCUGAUCAUGGGGCACAUGUGGAAGAAAUAUCAGCCAACGGAGAAGUCCAGGGAGGUUACAAUGGAAUAUAUAAAGGUGGAAAGUCUACAAGUUGGGAAGGAGGGAUUCGAGUACCUGGUCUUCUCCGCUGGCCUGGAGUGUUUAAGCCUGGCACACAUAUUGAUGAGCCCACAAGUAAUAUGGAUAUAUUCCCCACAAUAGUUAAACUUGCUGGAGCAUCACUGCCCAGUGACAGAAUUAUUGAUGGACAUGAUCUGAUGCCCUUGCUUCGAGGUAUUGCUCUCCGAUCCAAGCAUGAAUUUCUCUUCCAUUACUGUAAUGCAUAUUUAAAUGCAGUGCGCUGGCAUCCAGGAAACAGUAAAUCUAUUUGGAAAGCAUUUUUUUUCACUCCAAAUUUCAGUCCAGGAGAUUCCAAUGGCUGCCAUGAUGAUCAUGUGUGUUUUUGCUAUGGAAAAUCUGUCACAUACCAUGACCCACCGUUGCUUUUUGACCUUUCCAAGGAUCCAGAAGAAAAAAACCCACUGGCACCAGAAACUGAGAGUCAUUUCCAUGAAAUCAUUCGAGUCAUUCAACAGGCAGUGAGCAACCACAACAAGUCACUGGCCGUGGUUCCGAACCAGCUUUCCCUGGAAAAUAUGUUGUGGAAGCCUUGGCUUCAGCCCUGUUGUUCUUCCUUCCUCCAGUUUUGCUAUUGUGACCAUGAGUCAAGAGAAAACAAGAAAUUGCCAGAAGCAUGACAUCGCUAAUGUACAAUCACACUGAUGCUUUAGGGAUAAACAAGAUGAGGGUGGGGAGCAGAUCAUACUUUGACCUAAAAAAAAUGUAAGGAUAUGGCCUUUCCUGAGCCUCCUUGGUGGUUUUGCUCAGUGAUGUGCAGUGAUACUAGUGCUGUGCAAAGAUUGCUCUCUCAGAUUCACAGUUCCAUAAACAGGCCGUGCAUUUUCAAGGAUGCUUGCAGAGGGACUGAUGAAAGUGUAUAUGUUUUCAGAGAAAAGCAGGAUUCCAAGGAAUGGAGCAAGCAGCAGCACCAUUAUUAACACAGUGGGGACACCAUCUUUUUUUAUCCCCAAUGCUUUGGUGUCAUGUCAUGAUGUAGCAUCAUUCCCAACAAGUUCUUAUAGGAAUAUAUGGCAGCCUGGCUGACUGGCUGCAGAGCACAGCUGCUUCCACCCUAUUAAAAUGGCCAAGACAUUGGCUGAGGGGACGGUGGGGGGCAAUUAAAGGAAGAUGCUGAUAAACCCCCUCUUGCUCUGAAAAUGUAUACGCUUUUCUUGGGCCCUCAGGGAAAAAAAUGCACAGUGAUGCUGCAAGCUCUAAAUCAGGGGUCGACAGCCUAAGGCCCAUGGGGCACAAGUAGCCCACAGGGCUCAUUUAACUGGCCCACGAGCCGCUCCCAAUCUGAGCCGCCCGCUCGGCGAGUCCCCACACGCUGUGCUAAAUU